AUGCAGUUUGACGACUUUGGCACGCUGGAUUGGAAGCGCAAAUACGUGCUCGGCGAAAAGCUGGACGAGCUCAAGUUGGGGCGCGACACGGUGGCGUGGGGGGUGCUGGUCAAGGCGCUGACGAAACUGGGUCAUCCCGGGGUGGCCGUGGCCGUGGUCGACGUUGCUCUUGCGCGUGACGUUGGGUUGACAGAUUCGCUGGUGCAUCUCACAAUCGACGCGUUGCGCGCGCUCGGCAGGCCGCGGCAGGCUGAGUGGCUUUUCGACGAAGCCGUGCAGAAGGGGCUGCAGCCGCGCGAGAGGACCGUAGCGUCGCUGUUGUUGACGCUGACGUCGAAGGCGGAGAAAAGGACAUUGGAUACGGCGCGGAUUGAGCAGCUCGUGGAUAUGGUGCCGGAGCCGACGCCAAGGUUUAGAAAUACGGCGCUGCUCGUGCUCACGGCUGCAGGAUCGCUGCAGCGGUUCGAGAAGUUAUUCAAGGAUAUUGCAGAGGAGGGCACGCCAUCGGAACAUGCGUUCUCGGCGCUGAUGGCGGGAUAUGAAAAGCAUUUCAAGGUCGGAUGGGAGUCCGGGGGAGCGGAGGAGGACACGACAAAGGCGAGAAUGGCCGUCGCGGAUCGGGUUGAGGAGCAGUGGGAGGCGUUUCUGCAGGCUUACGGGUCGUCAAAGCCAAGAAGCAAAGUGCUGAAACGGGUGCGUGGGGCGUUUCUCCAUCGGUAUUUGCGCGUUCAGACGAUGUGUUUUAGACUGGGCAAUGCGGUCGACGUGCUGAAACGAGUGGCGGACGGUGAAAUUAUUGGGCUAGAGGUGUCGGCUGGGCAGGUGAAUGGAGUGCUGGGGGCUGUGGAGAUGGCGUGCGAUGUGCGUGAGAUGAGGCGGGUGUUGGAUGUCAUGGAGAGCAUUGGGGUUCGACAUGAUGUGCGGACGCUUACGUUUUGUGUAGGGACGCAUUUGGGGGAUGGGAAUGUUGAUGCGGCUCUGAAAUUGGUGCGGAAUGAGGCGCCGAGGCUGCUGGCGGGCGGGUAUCAGGAUGAGAUGCUGAGACAGUAUCACUGGGGUUUGUUUGAGCGAAGGCUUGAUAUGCUGCGCAGUGCUCUUGAAGAAGCUGGGGUGGGUAAGGUGAAGGACUUGGAGAGCUUUAUCACACUUACACGGGCGAGGUUGUCGUCUCCUGAGGCAUCAGUUUUGAAAUAG